AUGAAUGCCCAAGAGUCCGACAGAACCUUCUCGCCGAAGCAGGCCUUGAAGCCUACACCAGAGCUCUAUGCUUCUUUAUCCUGUGUGGGAUCGUUCGAUAAUUCCGAAGUCAACUUUCACGAUGUUGGAUGUGGCCUCGGGGCCGGUACCCAAGCUAUCAUGAGUUUGAAGCAGGACAAUAUUACCAUCAAAGGCACUGACAUAAACGACGACGUGUUGGAAAUAUAUCGACAGAACAUAGCCAAAAGCCAGUGGCCUGCCGAGGCUCUGAAGAUGGACGCGUCUAACCUUGGAUUCCCUAAUGAGACAUUCACCCACUGUAUCGGCAACGCGUUGGUUUUUGUUCUCCCAAAUGAUGGCAUCGACACGAUCAAGGAGAUGCACCGCACCUUGAAGCCUCGUGGUGUUGCCAUUCUUAACUCCUGGGCGCAUACGCCAACUCUUCCCGCUAUUCAUGCAGCAGCGAAAAAGACUCGACCGGCUGGUACACCUCUUCCACGAGAAGGGCUGGACAAAUGGGAAGACAGAGACUUUUUGAAUAAUGUCAUCAUCAAGGGAGGCUUUGAAGAGGAGAAAGUAAAAUUAUUCCAAAAGGAUGUUCAUGUUACCAUCGGCGAUCUUAGGCGUUUUGCGACGAUGAUAUGGAGCUUUAUUGGGGGGACUUCGAAGGUGGGAUGGCUUGAGUCGGAUGAGGAGAACUGGGACACAGCUGUUGAUGCAGUCGUGGAGGCGCUGACUGAGACGGAAGGCUAUGAGAGGCUUGAUGAUGGGAGGAACAAGAUCAUGUUUCAGGCUCAUGUUGCCGUUGCUACGAAGUAG